GUAGGGAGAGCAAGAGUGAGAGAGAGAGGAAAAAACAUUUGAAAAGAGAUGCCACAGAGGGACAUUUCUUUCACGUAGUGAAACCACCCUCAAGCACAAACUUUACAGACAUCAAAAGGUGAGAAGAAGAAUAAAUGCUCAGAGGUCAGGAAUAGAGGCGCUUUAAUGCAGUCACCGGUGUGCGGCUACAUGUAAGAACCAAAGCAGCAUAGGACGGUUCUACUUUUCAACAUUCUGUACUGGAGCGACCGUUGACCUUAUAUCCAGAAGAAAGGGUUGACGACUUCAAAUUAAGGGCGUUCGCCACUGGAUCUGUAGAUCUAGAUUUUGCUCCUUACAACUCCUGCACCCAUAGCCUGCACCUCAUUUUCCUCACAUCAUGGGUGUCAGCAGGAAUUACGUUUGGAUUACGUGUACAUUCAGCACAUCUAUUUUAUUGGCCUUUUUCCUCCUCUCCUAUGGUCCUUUCUGUGCACAAAGUAGCCCUAUCGGCUCCCCUGAGAGGUUUCGCACCGCUCCAGGGUUUGAUGACGGACAUGGAGGGGUUCUGGAUCCUUCCCUCCUGGAGCAGAACAGUGAGGUAGACAUGCAGAGCUUGCUGGAGACCCUGAAGGGACAGUUUCUGCGCACUUUUAACCUGACACGUCCCGGCCCCCCUAUGCAGCCAGGGGCCACUCGAGUUGAGCCCCCUGAGUACAUGCUAGAGCUCUACAACCGCUUCGCCAAUGACCGAACGGCAAUGCCUUCUGCAAACAUCGUACGCAGCUUUAAAAACGAAGACUCCUCCCCAUGCAGCGUGGGACCUGGUGGGGUGAGACGACACCCACUUAUCUUCAACGUGUCUAUCCCACAUCACGAGAGAGUCACCGCAGCUGAGCUCCGACUCUACACUUUGGUCCAGACCGACCGCAACAAAUACGCUGGUGUUGACCGAAAAGUGACCAUAUAUGAGGUCAAACAGCUUAAAACGAACAGCAGUCAGCAAAUAAGAGGGGACAGUAUUGAGGGAGGAAAUCAAACCCAGCAAGAGGGAGAAACAGAAUUAGUGGAGUUGGCGUCUCGACAGGUUUACGGUACAGACAACGGCUGGGAAUCCUUUGACAUGACCGCUGCCGUGCAUCUUUGGCGGAAAUCAGACUACGGCACCACCCACAUGCUGGAGGUCCACAUAGCCAGUUUGAACUCUCAGAGUGAGACGUCAGCCGAAGGUAAGGAUGAAGACAACACCAGAGGAGGGAACAUGGACAUUGACACCAGCCCUGAGGACAAACACAAACCCUUAAUGAUCGUCUUCUCUGAUGACCAGAGCGGAGACCACCGCGGAGACAAACGAGAGCUGAAUGAACUGAUCCAGCAUGAGACUGAGCCGGGUGUUCAAGACAACCUUGAGCUAGAACUGAACGGUCUCUGGGACGACCUGGAAGUUAUGGGACAAAAAGAUGAGGAGCAGAGUGAGGAAGCUCUCCUACAGAUGCGCUCCAACCUCAUCUACGACACAGCAUCUAGAAUCCGACGCAAUGCUAAAGGCAACCAGUGUAAAAAGACUUCCCUCUAUGUGGACUUCAAAGACAUCGGCUGGGACAGUUGGAUCCUAGCGCCCUCCGGUUACGAAGCCUACGAGUGUACGGGGGCGUGCAUGUACCCGUUGACCAAACACGUUACACCUACAAAACACGCCAUUGUGCAAACCUUGGUCAGUCUGAAAAGUCCACAAAGGGUGUCCAGGGCUUGUUGCGUCCCCACUGAACUAGAUCCCAUCUCGUUGCUCUACCUAGAUGAUGCAGGUGUGGUGACAUAUCAGUAUAAAUAUGAAGGAAUGGUGGUAGCAAAGUGUGGAUGCAGAUAGUAUUUAAUGGACAUGGGGAAGUGGGGUGAAGCUGGGCCAAAAGCUUAGAGACUUGAUUGGAAGGAGACUAAAAGGCAGUCAUUGUCUACGGCCUACACACCAAGUUUUGGCAGUGGUUGAGCUUUUACUCCCAACCUUAACAGCGUUAGCAGGAGUCAUGAAAUCAUUGGAAUCUGGAGCCACGUGACGAAGGACCACAAUGCAAGAUUUAGUGGGAACGGUGGUCAUUACAUCCCUGCUGAAUAAGGAUUGGGUGGAACAUAAGACAAUAAUUGAACCACUGACACGCCUCGAGAUCAGCCGGGAUAAAUGAGCUGUUCUUAUCAGUAAAGACUGAAGUUUAAGUCAGAGAUUAUAUCAACUCUGACUCGUUACAUACUUGGCCAUAUCGUUUGCGUCAGCAAAGUCCUCACUAAGUGGGUGUUUCGUAGAGAUGGCAGCGAACUCAAGCACCACGGGGUCAGUCCAGUGACACUACCAGAGACAAGACGCCUGUGAAACAACCUGUUUCCAGUUUCCACAAAGCUUAGUAUCGUGACAACACCAAGUCAAUAUGCAGCUUCCUGCCUUAGAGAAUGCGUUUGAUAUGAACUGUCCAAGUUAAAGUGAAAACAUUAUCAGGGUAGAGGGGUAAAACAGAUUAGAACGGACCAGUCUGGACUUUCGAAAGUGUCUGAGAACAACUCGUACUUUGGAUAUUCAGUUAGCAAGUCAGUUUUGUGAAAUACUAUUACGACAACUGGUCUCAUUCAUUAACACAGAAAUUUGUGUGAAAUCUCCAUAUAAUUUUUUAAGGACAAAUCAUGAUUCAGCAAUAAAUUUCGUGCUAAAAAUCAUUCAAAAUUAAUGAAAAAAUUGAGAACUGCUGAAACCACACAUACACAAAAAUUACAUACUCAGGAUGGAAGAUGAAAUUUGAAUAGAUUUCAUCAUAUACAGUAAAAAGUAAUAAAGUACAUUAGAACUUAAGUUUCAGUGGUUUUCAAAAGAAAAACACAGAUAUGCUUGCAGUCAAACCAAAAAUUAUGCAGACACCAGAUAUAAUUUUAGAUUUUUUACUAGUGGGUGCAGAACACUAUAGUUCAUUUAUGUAAACUGUGACAUAUUAUACCCCAAUAUUUUUCAUACAGUGGACUACCAGUAAAAUUUGGGACCAAAAAUUAUUCAGACGCUUUGAC